UAAAUUAAGGCAACCUGAAAGGGCAAUUAGGUAAUUUUGGCAAUUCCUACUCUCUACUCUCCACCUGUCACCCUCUUCGCCUCAUAGCCAGAAAAGCCACCAACAGCUGCACGACGCCGUCGGAUUAAUCAAUCGCAUCGGAAAAUUGGUAUAACUAGGGUUUAUUCCAUACGUGAUGGAUGCGCCGGUCGCCUCCAGUGGUGGCGGGGGAACCAAUGGCAAUCUCGACGAACAAAUCGCGCAGCUAGUGCAAUGCAAACACUUGUCCGAACCUGAGCGAGGCUUGCAUAGGUUCUUCCAUGUUAAUGAGGUCCUUACUUGCGGUCUCCGCUGAUUUUACUAGGUAAGGGUGUUAUGUGGCAAGGCCAAGGAGAUCCUGAUGCAAGAGAGCAAUGUGCAGCCUGUUAAAAGCCCAGUUACUAUAUGUGGUGAUAUUCAUGGUCAGUUCCAUGAUCUUGCUGAGCUUUUCCGGAUUGGUGGGAAGUGUCCGGAUACAAAUUAUUUGUUUAUGGGAGAUUAUGUUGAUCGAGGAUACUACUCCGUGGAAACAGUGUCGCUCUUGGUGGCUUUGAAAGUGCGUUAUCCUCAAAGGAUCACUAUUCUACGUGGAAAUCAUGAAAGCCGACAGAUUACUCAGGUUUAUGGUUUUUAUGAUGAAUGCCUACGAAAAUAUGGAAGCGCCAAUGUGUGGAAGACCUUCACAGAUUUAUUUGAUUUUUUCCCUCUUACUGCACUGGUUGAGUCAGAAAUCUUUUGUCUCCAUGGUGGAUUGUCGCCAUCCAUAGAAACUCUUGAUAAUAUCCGUAAUUUCGAUCGUGUUCAAGAAGUUCCUCAUGAAGGGCCUAUGUGUGACCUUUUGUGGUCUGAUCCUGAUGAUCGAUGUGGUUGGGGUAUCUCUCCUAGGGGUGCUGGAUACACAUUUGGUCAAGACAUAUCAGAGCAAUUUAACCAUACGAACAAGUUGAAGCUUAUUGCUAGAGCUCACCAGCUGGUUAUGGAGGGAUUUAACUGGGCACAUGAUCAAAAGGUUGUUACAAUCUUUAGUGCACCCAAUUAUUGUUACCGCUGUGGAAACAUGGCAUCUAUUCUUGAAGUUGAUGACUGCAAGGGUCAUACUUUCCUCCAGUUUGAGCCAGCUCCCAGACGUGGUGAGCCAGAUGUAACUCGAAGAACACCAGAUUACUUUCUGUGAAGUAGCUGGAGGGGCUGCCGACUUGUGCAAGGCAGAUGCCCGCUAGCUGUUUGCUUGUCUAUAGCUGCCCAUAAUUUAAAAAAUAUAUACUGCAAAAGUAGCGGGUGGUAAGAAAGCAUAAAAAAGAAGUCUGGCGCUGCUUUCUUUGUUUCAGCUGUUACUACGGGCCAUACCGCAAAAGAAGAGGCAGUGGAGCUGGCUGUGCUUUCCAUUCACAUACACUACUGAUGCAAAAAUGUGGAAUUUUCUCCCACCUUCCCAUUUUUCCAUUUUUUGUUUACAUAUUUUGUAUGAGAUACAUUAAAUUUUCUCUCUCCAAAACUUGUCUCGUCAUUUGAGAAAAUACAAAAGGUUGUAGAGGAGAGAGUUUUAUCACUUAUUAAAUAUUUGUAGAGGAUGCUGUUAAAUUUGUAUUGAUCCUAUUUUUCUAUUAAUGAAUGACUGCUUGAUCCCUA